AUGGUCGUCGACGCGAAAGACAUGAAAGGAAGCAAGGAGCCAGAGCCUAUGGCGAUUGUGGGCAUGGGGUGCCGGUGGGCGGGCGGCGUGCGCGACGUUCGCGGGCUGUGGGAGUUCUUGACCAGCAAACGAAGCGGCUACCAGGACUGGGCGGCGCCUCGUUUUUCCGCCGCCGGCUUCUACCACCCGAACCCAGAGCGGCCAGGCACGACGGCAGCCAAAGGCGGCUACGUCGUCAGCGAGGACCCGCGGCUCUUCGACCCCAGCUUCUUUGGUAUCUCCGGCCUCGAGGCCGAGACGAUCGAUGCAUCGCAGCGCAAGCUGCUCGAGGUCGUCUACGAGGCCUUCGAGAGCGCCGGCGACUCGUGGGAGAGCGUCAACGGCACCCGCACGGGCGUCUACGUCGCCGACAUCUCCUACGACGCCUCGUACGCGCAGACGCGUGACUGGGAGUAUGCCAGGCCGCACGCCACCACGGGCACCUGCCACAACAUCCUCAGCAACCGCAUCAACUAUGUCUUCAAUCUUCGUGGGCCAAGCGUCACGCUCGACAGCGCCUGCACGUCGGCCCUGUAUGGCCUGCACAUGGCCAUCCAGGCCAUCCGCGACGGCGACUGCGACUCGGCCAUCGUGGCUUCGUCAAACUGGAUCAUGGACCCGAGCAUGCAAAUUGCCAUGGACAAGCUGGGCGCCUUGUCCGCCACCUCCAUGAGCCGUGCCUUUGACGCCUCUGCCGACGGCUACGCCCGCGGUGAAGGCUUUGCCGCCAUCUACCUGAAGAAGCCCGAGAAGGCGAUGCAGGACGGAUCCCCCAUCCGCGCCCUUGUCCGGGGCAGCGCCAUCGGCGCCAACGGCCGCUCGAGCGGCAUCACACACCCUAGCGGCGCCGCCCAGGAGGAGAUUAUUCGCAAGGCGUACGAGAACGCCGGCGGCCUACCGCCCUCCGACACCCCUUUUCUCGAGUGUCACGGGACGGGCACGCGCGUUGGCGAUCCUCUCGAGGUGGAGGCGGCUGGCAAGGUCUUCGGGCCCGGACGGUCGGAUGGCGAUUUCCUGCUGAUUGGUUCCGUCAAGACUAAUCUAGGGCACACUGAAGGUGCGGCCGCACUCGCAGGCAUCUUCAAGGCCGUACUUGCGCUGGAAGCCGGUGCGAUCCCACCAAGCCUUGGUGUCAAGACUCUGAACCCGAGGAUCAACUUUGAGAAAGCCAAGGCAAAGGUCGUGACUGAGGUCAUCCCCUGGCCCGAGGGCAAGCCACGGCGGGCGAGCGUUACCUCAGCUGGCUUUGGGGGCUCUAUCGGGCACUGCAUCCUCGAUCACGUCAACGAAGUAUACCCAGACUACGUCAAGCCAGGCAUUCUGGACAAAGUCAAGCGCAACAGCAGCCUGGCUAAUGAUUCUGCUCAGAAUGGCAAUGGUGCCACUUACACCAACAGUACGAACGGCUUUAUACACCUAAACGGUCACAACCAUGCAAACGGCGCUGCACAUGGCCCUGAAAAUGGGCAUCAGAACGGUCCUACGAUCUCAGGGCAUCUUCCCGUCGUCCGCACGCCAAAGAAAACAGGAAAAGCCGAUGCUAGCACCCGUCAACUCGUGCUGCUUCCCUUCUCAGCACACAACAAGUCUUCGCUGCAGGCGAACAUCAGCGCUCUGUCCCACGUCAUCGACCAGCAUUCACUAGCAGACGUUGCUUAUACCCUCGCGGUCCGGCGAUCCAAGCUCACCCAGCGCACAUUCUACAUCGUGGACAAGGAUAGCGUCACCGACGGACUACUGGGCGACGUUCAGAGGGUCUCCUCAAGCCCCUCUGAGGCCCCGCGUCUUGGCUUCGUCUUCACCGGCCAGGGCGCGCAGUGGCACGCUAUGGGUGCCCAGCUCUUCGAAUAUCGCGUCUUUCGCUCUGCUAUCGAGCAUCUAGACUACGUUCUUGGCACGUUCUCUAGAGCCCCUUCCUGGACAAUUGCAGAUAUCCUCUGUGGAAACUGUAGUGUAGACCGCAUAGAAACUCCCGAGAUCUCGCAGACGGUUUGCACGGCGAUUCAAAUCGGCCUCGUAGAUUUACUUGCGUCCUGGUCCGUUUACCCCUCAGGCGUUGUAGGACACUCAUCGGGCGAGAUAGCAGCUGCUUAUGCCGCAGGCCGUAUCACUGCUGCUGAGUCAAUUGCCACCGCCUACUUUCGCGGCCAGACUGUCUCUCAGAACAAGCAAAAGGGCGCCAUGCUGGCAGUAGGUCUGGGCCUUGAGCAGGUUGAGGAGUACCUAGUCGGUCUCGAGCAGGAUGUCAAAGUCGCCGCUAUCAACUCACCAGGCAGCGUUACACUCUCUGGCAAGCAGGGGGCUGUUGAGAGGCUCUCUAAGACACUAGACCAGGAAGGUGUCUUUAAUCGGCUACUAAAGACGGGCGGAAACGCGUACCACUCAUGGCACAUGGUUGCACUGGGCCAAGAGUACGACACGCUGCUCUCGGACGGUCUAGCUCAUCUCGACAGGCUUGGACUGCGCGAUGAACGCCAUCGAUACCCUCGUAUCCCCUGGGCUUCGUCUGUUACCCCAGACAAGAGCAUGCUAGCUGAGAGCGCUCUACCGUCCUACUGGAGAGCUAAUCUAGAGUCGCCUGUUCGUUUCUCAGAUGCGGCUGCGAAUUUGGUUGGGCGGGAGGACCUUGAGAUCGGAGCGCUAGUGGAAAUUGGACCGCAUUUCGCGCUGAAGAGCCCCUUGGAUCAGAUACUCAAAAGUAUUGGUAAGAACGUCCCAUAUGCUGGGUCUCUAAAGAGAGGAGAGGAUGGUCGAACAUCAAUGUUGCAGCUCGCCGGAACGCUAUUCAGUCUGAAUGCCAAAAUCGACCUGGCUGCGGUUAAUGCUACAGACGAGCGCACUGGAGCGGAGUGGACGCUAGCACACGGCGUCACCGCCAUUGACCUUCCGCCGUAUCAAUACACGUACGGGCCAAUCAGUUACUAUGAGAGCCGGGCCAGCAAGGAGUUCCGCCUCCGCCGCGUCCCUAGGCACGACCUACUAGGGUCCAAGGUAGCCGGUAACGCGAAACUGCGGCCGCAAUUCCGCAACGUCCUACGCCUGAAGGACCUGCCCUGGCUCGCUGACCACCGCCUGCUCCCUGAUGCUGUCUUUCCAGCGGCAGGUUAUAUAUCUAUGGCUAUAGUAGCGGCAUCGCAGGUCUACGAGGAGUUUCCGGACGCGCACCCCGUUGAAGGCUACUCGCUCCGCAACGUCGAUAUUAAGACAGCGCUGAAGAUCCCCGAAGACCAGCAUGGCAUCGAGAUUAUUUUGAGUAUGGAACUUGUUGACACAGCGACGGCACGAGCUCCAGCAUGGACUAGCUUCUCCAUCAGCUCUAUCGCUCGCGACUCGGAGAAGUGGACUGAGCACUGCACGGGUCUUAUCAAGCCAGAUGUUUUCGCGGGCCCUCUCAAGGUCGACAAGAUCAGCACAACUGCCGAGUCACGAGCUGUAAACGCGCGUAACUGGUACAGAAAAUUCGCGGCAAUCGGCCUCGGCUACGGCCCUACGUUCCAGGCACUCUCAGAGAUCCGCGCAGAUCCUGCUAAGAAUCUGGCUUCUGCCAAGCUAGGGCUAAAGACGACGGCAGGGACCGUUAAAGGGGGAGAGUCUGCUUAUCUGAUCCACCCCGCCUCUCUGGACGCCAUGAUCCAACUUGGUCUUCUUGCCUGCUAUGGGGGCCAAACUGAAAGCGCCACGACCGCGUUCGUGCCCAUCCACCUGUCGCAGCUGCACGUGCGGGCUGGGAGCGGCCAGGAUUGGGGCUUGGCCGCCGCCCAUGGGGAGUUCCGGGGACUUCGUUCAGCGUACCUUCAGCUGCAGUUGCAGAGCCAAACGGGCGACGUACUGCUCGAUAUCAAAGACCUUCGAUGCAUCAGCUACAGCUUAGAAGAUCAGCCACUCGUUAGCAGCCGUACUAAGGCCUUCGCCAGCCCAUUCACGCGUAUGGUUUACAAACCUGACUUCCGCGCCCUUAGCAACCGGCAGGCUCACGUGCUAUUUCCACCGCCGACGGAAAACGUCGCUCAGGUGCCCGUUCUUAACACCCUCGAGACCAUAGCGGCGCUGAUUGCUGUCGAUGUGUACGAAUCUGUAAUUGCUAGCGAUAGCAAUGAAUCAAAUGCGCCCGAAAAAACGCGUCACUAUAUUGCAUGGAUCAGGAGACUGCUCCCCGCUCCUAGGCGUCGACAAAUCUUACAAGGCUUAUACCGGGAAACCGGUCACCUUGUCGAGACAAAAGCCCUGCAGCGCCUGCACGAAAACAUGGCAGACAUAGGCGGGAUACUGGCUGACUUUUUCACCGACAGUCUAUUUCUCACAGGCGCACAACCUCAGGUUAUCAAGCUUUUCGACUCUCUCAAAGGCGGGCGUGGUGAUACAGCACGCCUGGUGCUGGAGACACUCAGCAGUGCGAACGGCAUCAAGCGCUACCGGGACUACACCGUGACGGACGCCUCUGAGGCCGCCCUGAAACUGGCUCGCGAACACCUCACCGCGCACCGCGACCAGGGCUACCAGCCGGUCUACGACGUGGUGCUGGCUUCGCAGGCCGUGCACACAGCCUCAUCUAUCGGCAAGGCGCUCGAAAACGCGCGGAAGCUUCUAAGGCCAGGCGGCAAGCUGGUCCUGGUGGAGGCUACAGGGAGCAGCGCAUGGGUCGGCCUCAUCGGUGGCGCGCAGCCUGGAUACUGGCAUGGCCUUCCAGACGGCCGCAUCGACAGCCCCUUCCUGAAUGUAGCAGAGUGGGACAAAGCCCUACACUCGGCGGGCUUCUCGGGAGCAGAGCUGACGCUGGACGACUACCCGGGCCCGACAACGCAUUCAACUGUCUUGGUUUCCACCCUCGUUGAAGAACAGCGCGGCAUCAACACAGCUGGUGCCCAGGUCGUCUGGCUGCUCCACAGUGCAAAGGGUGCCCCGGCCCUCUUGAACCAGCUAGCGCGCGAGUUGGAACACCGUGGUCUGCUAGUUAAGACGGUACCGCUUGAUAACUCGCUGGAGGAGGUGCCUGCCAACGCGCGUGUAAUUGCCUUCCUCGACGGUGAGAAUCUGCUCCUGGACGUCGAUCAGCGUCGCCUCGACAUCUUCCAGCACCUCGCCCACCACACGGCCAGCAUGGUAUGGCUGACGUCAACGGGUAUGGCACAAGGCCGCAGCCCUGACGGGGCAAUUGUUGGUGGGCUCCUACGCAUCAUCUCCACCGAGGCGCCAACAGGCCGCUUCGUCUCGAUCGAUAUUGACGCUGAUGACUUCAACAUCGCCGGCGAGGACGACUUGAGUGAGCUCGUCCGUGUCGUCACUGACCAAGAGCAGGCAUUGCAGCGGGUGGGCGACGACGGGAACAACGAGGAUCGUGAAUUCGCCUGGCAUAGCGGCUGUCUGUGGGUGAGUCGGUUGGUGCCUGAGGCGGCGCUCCAUGGGUAUGCGGAGCGCCUCAUAACGCCAGCAACCCACGGCGCCGAGUUGCUGCCGCUGGACACACACGGCCCUGUGCGCGCCGCCUUCGAGACGCCUGGCAUACUCAGCUCGCUCUACUUCCGCCCGUACACCGAGCUCCUCCAGCAGCCGCUACCACACGACUGGAUUGAAGUCAAAGUGGCCGCCGUCGGGCUUAACUGGAAGGACGUGGCGCUUUCCACCGGUCGCUUCGAUGCCAACAAUCUGUCUUCCGAGUACGCUGGCGUUGUUACGCGCGUGGGCGCCGAUGCAGCCAGCCGUUUCGACGUGGGCGACGCCGUAUACGGCCUGGGGAAGGGCCACUUUGGCAACUACGCGCGCGUGCCUGCUGCCUUCGCCCAGAAGGCGGGCCCCGGAGACGAUCUCGUCGGCCUUGCCACCUUGCCCGUGGUGUUGAUGACAGCGGUAUACGCCUUCGAGCAUCUGACGCACCUGCGCCGCGGGCAGAAGGUGCUGAUCCAGUCGGCGUCAGGCGGCCUAGGCCUCGGCGCAAUUCAGCUGGCGCGAGCCAAGGGAGCGGAUGUCUUUGCCAUGGCGGGUUCGCAAGACAAGGUGCGCUUCCUUGUUGAAGAAGUCGGCCUGCCGGGCUCGCACGUGUUCAUGGGACGUGACACCGCUGCGCUUUCGCGUGCCGUGACGGCUACAAGCAACAACGGCUUUGACGUAAUACUCAGUACCGCGCAGGGCGACAUGCUCUAUGAAACUGCCAAGGCGCUGGCACCGCUGGGUCACCUGAUUGAUGUUGGUCGGCUGGAUGUUAUGGACGCCAGAGUCAUUGGCCUAGAGCUGUUCCAGAAAGGCGCAAGCUUCUCGUCCUUUGACCUUGUCCGCGUCGUCGACCGUGACGCAGAGUUAGGUGAGCAACUUAUGCAGGCCGUAGGUGAACAUUACCGCGCUGGGCGCAUUGCCCCAAUCCGCCCUCUAGCUGUCUCGGAUAUCUCUCAGCUCGACCAGACGCUACUUAGCUUUUCUAGAGGCACACACCUCGGGAAACUGGUGGUGACAUUCAACCCAAACUCGCCGGUGCGGAUGGUGGCGGCGCCGCCAGCAGCCAGCUUCGACCCUGAGGCAUGUUACAUCAUUACCGGCGGACUCAGCGGUCUGGGGAGAUCUAUCAUUCAGUGGAUGGGCGACCGCGGCGCCCGAGAUCUCGUGGUUCUGUCCCGUCGCGGCGCCAGCGCCCCUGAGGCCCAAACGCUCGUCGACGCAAUGGCCGAGCGCGGCGUGCGUCUCCAUCCCGUCGCUUGUGACCUCAGCAGCCGUGAGCAGGUCGUGGGAGCCAUUGAGCAAGCGUCCGCCCGCCGGCCGGUGAAGGGCGUCGUUCACUGUGCCGUGUCAUACCGGGACAUCUCUUUCAACAAGCUGUCCCUUGAGGGCUGGCGCGACGGACUCGCAGCCAAGGUUCUUGGGACGCAGAACUUACACGAGGCUACCAAGGCCUUCCCGCUCGACUUCUUCGUCAUGACUACGUCCGCUCUCUCAGUACUCGGGUUUGCGACCCAGGGCGCCUAUACGGCCGCCAACAACUUCCAGGACCAGUUUGCGCGGUACCGUCGCCGCCUUGGCCUGCCCGCCACGGCUGCCCAGUUCGGCCUGAUCAACGAUGUUGGUCACCUGAGCACAGACAACGUCGCGCUUGACAUGAUGGCUCGCAACAAGGUCCUGACGGUGCCGGAGAGCUACUUUCUCCGCCUGCUCGAGCCGGCCUUCUUAGGUCUCGAGAACGCCAAGGCUGCCACGCAAUGCACUGGCGCCACAGCUGAUCCGCUGGCCGGGGCCACUUAUGUGACCUGCAUGGAUCCGGCGCAUAUGGCCGCCAAGGAGCGGGAGGACGCCGAGAUGGGCCUCCCUAGCGCCGCUCCGCCGCGCUGGCACAGCGACUCGCGUGUUUCACACGUGAUGCAGGCUUUGGACGACGCACUGCGGCACGCCGCAAGCGGCGGGGACGUACCGGGAGCAGGCAGUCAAGGGGACGACGGCCGUUCCGCCAUAGGGCGGCUACGGCGCGACUUCGACGAGGCGGUGCAGCAGACCCGCGCAUCGCCAGCCGGGACCGAGCAGGUUGAGCAGCGCGCACGCGCUGUGGAGCUUGUCACAGCAGCCCUUAAGACCACAAUCGCGGGGAUGCUGCUGAUGGACGAGUCGACAGUAAACGCGGCCCGGGCCGUGUCGGACCACGGCGUCGACAGCCUCAUCGCUACCGAGUUCCGCAACUGGCUCCUCCUAGCCCUGGGGGCCAAAAUUAGCAUGGUCGACCUCUUGGACCCACGUACAACCAUCAACGCGCUCGCGGCAAAGGUAGUGGAUGCUGCGGUUGGGACGCAGGAGUGAGGGUGAUGCACUAUUAGUAAUGAUGUUAAGAAUCAGUAGACAACUCCGUAGGCGCUCGUUAGAGGGAUAGAAUUUCAUAGAAUUGCACAUACGCCCCUUUUAUCUUUUUUAUCGCGCUAUAUAAC